AUGUACUUCCUCAAAUCACACUCUCUCGCCUUCAAAUACCUCCUCCUCCUUGCCUUUACUUUCCUCAUCACCCUCAAUACAACACUCGCCGCACCAGCUGACGAUAUCCAAUCAUCUCAAGUCGAGACUAAGAGCUUUGAGGUGGACAAUGAGAUCGUCGGCUUGAACAUCACAAGCAUGAUCGCCGCUCGCGAGGAUCAAACCAAGUCCGACCUCGCAUGCCUCCCUGUCCCUGGCCAGUCCGCCUGGAGAGCCGUCGAAACUCGCUACAUCCGAGACGGCAUCGCCCACUUGCAGAGAGUCACUAACCCUUGCUGGGUUGAGGGCCAUGCUUGCUCGAGAAUCAGCUGCUCUUAUAAAUCAGCUAUCACUCUCUGUAAUGUUACGCCUCAGAGAAAGGGUCUUUCGUGUGCUUACAUGGCCUCAUACGCACAAGAUAUUCUCAAGAGAUGCACCUACGAAGUCGGCCUUAUGAGACUCGUCGGAGGACAGGCAUGGGAUACGGAUGGGUACAACGUCAACGUCUAUCGAGACACGAGCUGUUAA